AUGCUGCAACUUCUCCACACCUUACACAUCCUUACACUGAGCAAAAGUUUGAGACACGGGGCUUCUCACCUUUUGCAGGUGCUUUUGCGGGCUCAUGCGUCGGGGCUCCGGCCCACUCAGACUCUCUUCAAUAUAGUGCUGGCAUCCUGCGAGCACGCUGGCAGCUGGCUAACAGCCAUUGCCCUCCUCGAAGAGAUGCGCGUCUCGCGGAUGGCUGGGCUGAUCUCUUUCAACACUUGCAUGGCCGCGUGUGCCGCGGCAGCGCAGUGGCGAAAGGCACUUGACCUGCUUGCUGAGGUGCAAAGCCUUUAUCAACCGGAUUGUGCCACCAUGGGUUCGAGCAUGACAGCAUUGGCCAAGGGGCAGCAGUGGCAUCGGGCUUGGGAGCUUCUGCAAGGCUUCUUUUCGCAAGGACUACAGCCGAAUCAGGUCGUCGUGAAUGCCUGCAUCUCCGCGGCAGAAGCAGGUUACCAGUGGCCGUGGGCACUGGAGUUGUUGUUCUUCUCCAAGAAGGAGCUGAGGCCCGACAUAAUCACCUACAACACAGCGGUCAGCGCCUGUGAAAAGUCUUCCGAGUGGCAGAGGGCCUUCCUGCUUCUCCGAGAGCUCCAGGACCGGUGCCUUCAGCCGGACAGCACUUCUUACGGGGCCGCCGUUUUGGCGGCGGUCUCUGCCCGGCCCAUGCAAUGGACGGCAGCCUUCUCGCUGCUCGAAGAGAUGAUGGGGCGGCGGAUCACACCACAGCUGGCCACUUUCACGCAGCUUCUAAUGGAGUGCGAACUACGCGGCCUGGCAGAGCGCGAGCGGAGCUUGCUGUUGGCCUUGCCCGAGGCCUUGGAGGCUUCGGUUAGCGCCGUUACGGAGACGAGCGCUUCCGCCACCCGAGAGGAUGUGUCGCAGCUGGUGCUGCAUGUGGCUGCACAGAAAUCCCUCGUUUCCGGAGACCUGGAUCGUUGCACAGAGUUUCUUCGUCGACUUGACAGGGCAGGACUCUGGAAUCCCUUGGCAGAGGCCUUGUGGUUGAGGGCAAAAGGCAAUGACUCCGUCAAGAACCGAGCAGAAGGGCGCGCCCGGGCCCCACCGGAAGGUCUCCGAGCCGGUCGGGCCAAGGAACUGCGCUUGUGCCGUCACGUCUUUGCGUCGGCUUCCAUGGAUGCGAAGUCCGUCUGCGAGGCCAUGGAGGACUUCGGGCACCGCUUGUCACAGCAAGGCCUGUGGCUGAAGCUGGCAGCCGGCGCGAAGGGCGACCUUCUUGUCUCAGCUUUAUCGCGUGCUCCUGCAGGGCCUGUUCUCGAGAUCGGCUCCUACUGCGGCUACUCAGCCAUCCGCUUGGCCUUGUCGGGGCGGGGUGUGGUCACGCUGGAGACGGACCCCAUCCAUGCUGUGAUCGCCAGGAACAUGGUGAUGAUGGCAGGGCUUGACCAUCGAGUCGAUGUGCGGAUCGGCCACAGCAAAGACGUACUGCCUCGCCUCGGCAAGUUUGAGGGCGACCAGAAGUUUGCUUUCGUCUUCAUGGACCAGAAGGGCUCGCGAUUUCACGAGGAUUUGAGGCUGCUGGCAGACAGGGAUCUGCUUUGCGACGGUGCUGUGGUUGUGGCGGACAACGUGCUGAAACCGGGUGCGCCGAUCUUCCUCUACCUUCUAGCCCAGGCCGCAACACGUGGCGACAGCGCCACCGAGAUCGUCGAGCUUCAGGAGUUCGCGAUGCCAGCAGAGGACUGGAUGUCUGUCAGCACACUCCACCGGCCCCGCGGCUUGCUCACGCUCGCGCCACGUGAAGCACCGGCUGAGCUCUGGGAGCUUCAUGCAGCCUCGGAGCGCAUCCGCACACAGGCCAUGGGACAAGGAGUGACCUUCAAGGAAUGGUCGUUGUUCAAUGAGGAUGCUCGCCUGAGUUCAG